AUGACACUGGUCCGACUCCUGCUGUUCAGCUGCUGGACUCUGCUCUUCACCACAGGAUUCACGGUCACCGGCUCCGCGUGGAACUCCGCUCCAGCCAAAAUCACGCGCAUCCAGGCCGCAGCAGCUGGAGCAACUAUCACCAGGGGGACCGGCUCCAGAGGGUCCGACACCAGGGGGACCGACAUCAGAGGGAGAGGGACCGACCCCAGGGGGACCGCCACCGACACCAGGGGAUCCGACACCGGGACUGACCCCAGAGGGAGAGGGACCGACACCAGGGGGACCAACACCAGCGGGACCGAUACCAGGGGGUCCAGCACCAGAGGGACCGAUACCAGGGGGACCAACACCAGAGGGGCGGCUACCAAGGGAACCAGCAGCAUCAGCAAAGGGAAACUGAGCGCACAUCUGUCCCAGGCUGGUGCGUCCCAGACUCUUGCGCGCCCUGUGAGGGACCGGGCAGGGGGGACACAGGGCCGGACAGUGGGGGCACAGGGCCAGUCCUGGAUGGACAGAGAGGCUGCUGUGAGGACACACUUCUCGUACGCAGCACCGCUUCUUGGAGACAAUGUAAAAGUAGAGAGUUCUCUGAGGACCGUGAACUCUGCGCAGCGGACCACGGCGGCUGCGCAGACGCUCCAUCACCGGCCGCAGGUCCAGCAGAGCCCCAGUGGCCUCCAGCGCUCUGUGAAGGUUCCCACCGCCACAGCGGAGGCAGAAACGCCGCACAGACAGCCGCACAGACAGCCGCUGGUGGUGCCUCAUGACUACAUGCUGUCUCUGUACUGGUCUCUGUCCAGCGGAGACGUCAACAGCAGCGCGCUGCACGAGGCCGGCCUGGCCAACACCAUCACCAGCUUCGUGGACAAAGGACAAGACGAGCGAGGGCCCCAGCUCCGACGGCAGAGGUAUCACUUCAACGUGAGCGCCCUGGAUCGCGACAGCCUCCUGGGGGCCGAGCUGCGCAUCCUGAGGAAACACCUGUCGGACCCCCACAGACUCCCCCCUCUGGGAUCAGGACCCUCGCUCCGCCUCUACACCUGUGCCUCAGGACGACACAAGCCCACUCUGCUGCAGACCAAACCCAUGGACACUGCCCCCGGUGGUGGUGGUGGGUUCAGCAACAAAUGGGAAGUAUUCGACAUAUGGAAAGUCUUCAAGGUUUUAAAGCAAAGCGCUCUCUCCAAGCAGCUGUGCUUUGAACUGGAAGCUUCGCAACAUCGAGGAGGACGAGCCCUGGACCUGCGGACUCUGGGGUUUGGUCGACCUGGAAGGAGCACCAAGGAGAAGGCCUUUCUGUUGGCGUUUGGGAAAAGCAAAAAGAGAGACUUGUUUUACAACGAGAUCAAAGCGCGCUCAGGACACGACAAUAAGACUGUGUAUGAGUAUCUGUUCACACAGCGGCGAAUGCGACGCGCCCCGACCGUGAGAGCCAAUAAGAAGCCUCUGCAGCCGCCGCAGAUGUUCCCUCAGAACCAAGUCAUUAAGGCUCAGAGCAAACGCUGCCAUAAGAAACAGCUGCACGUGAACUUUAAGGAGAUGGGCUGGGAUGACUGGAUCAUCGCGCCGCUGGAGUACGAGGCAUUUCACUGCGACGGCGUCUGUGACUUCCCCAUUCGCUCGCACCUGGAACCCACCAACCACGCCAUCAUCCAGACCCUCAUGAACUCAAUGGACCCCUCCUCCACGCCACCCACUUGCUGCGUCCCCACCCGGCUCAGCCCCAUCAGCAUCCUCUACAUUGACUCUGCCAACAAUGUGGUGUACAAGCAGUACGAGGACAUGGUGGUGGAGGCCUGUGGCUGCAGGUAG